AUGUCACUAAUAUGCUUCCUGAUUUCAUGCAUCUUUCUCUCCGUCGAGAGCUGCCACCCAACCUUAUAUGGAUACCCGGGUAAUUCUGUGAAAGCAGUUGCCAUAUUAACGGGUGAAACAGCAAGAGGAACUAUAACGUUCACGCAAGAGAUAAGAAUUAUGGCUGUUUUUUUGUUUAAUGUCGGCUGUCCGGUACUAGUUACUGGCGAGAUCAUUGGACUAUCGAAAGGGCUACACGGGUUCCACGUGCACGAAUUGGGCGAUCUUAGUAAUGGAUGUACAAGUGCUGGAGGCCACUUCAAUCCUUUUGAACAGGACCACGGAGCUCCUGGAGAUAGAUUCAGACAUGUAGGAGACCUGGGAAAUGUUGUGGCAGAUUACGAUGGAGUGACAAAAGUCCAUUUAAUUGACCACUUCCUCUCAUUGACUGGACCUCUAUCCAUCUUGGGGCGAGCGAUUGUGGUCCAUGCAGGCGAGGAUGAUUUGGGAAGAGGUAGACACCCAAUGAGUAAGACAUCCGGUAAUUCGGGGGCCAGAGUAGCUUGUGGAGUGAUCGGUCUUGCCAAGUAGACAUAGAAAUGACAUAUUUUUGCGGCGGACUUCUGUUUUUUGGACUAUUUUUUUUUAUCUUAU